UGUUUUUGCCUAUUAGGUGCUGAUAAAUGUUUGAAAAUUAUAUGAUGAAAUGAAAAUUCUACACCCAAAGUACACCUAUUUCAUGAUUCUAAGCAUUUCAUACAAAUUUAAUGCCAAGAAACUUAGCAUUCAUACAAAAUAGCAUCCAUGCAUUUGAUCAGUGACGCCAUUUUGCGCAAUUCAUGUGUAGUUGAAUUUGUUAUGACCAUCUCUCUCUCUCGCGGGAAGAACGCAUGUGUAAAAAAGAGUUAGCUAUCAAAUUCUCUAGGUUUCUCUCACUACCUAGGCAUCUUCCUAUAUAUUUUAUUUUAUUUGAAUGAUUUGUAAACAUGGAGGCCAAGUGUUGUGCUCUCAAGUGAACCAACUGCGUUUAUCUUUGCGUUACAGGAGUUUUAAUAUAUGGUUAGUAUGUAAUUACCUCUUUUAUAUUUAGUGUAUAUUGUUUUCUUAUGAUUGAAUCAGCUUUCUUCGAUAUUAUUCCGGUUAUGUAUGUAAACGUAUGCACUUAUUUGGCGCCAAUGUCCUAAAAGACCGUUACUCCUAAUUAUUAUCGCAACGUAAAAAGAAAGCGAUCAUCAAGUGUAUAUUCGUUUUGUUUGAAGUAAUAGCAUUGAAUCCACGGUUUAGGAAUGGUAUAAUGUUACGUCGUGAUGUGAUAGGAAACUGGUCCUUCGAGUGUCGGAUCUGUCAUCUCGACUAAUUUUAUACCAACAAAAAUCAUGCUCGAACAAUAGGAUAUUUCUUCCAAAUGAACGUUUUGUCUUUAUAUUUUGGUGAUACUCCUACAUUAAUUUGCAGAGACAAUGUCGUUCUUGUAUAUCCAGUGAUAUAAUGCGGGAAUUUAUGCAGUUGGACUUGGAAACAUCUUGACCAGCCUUGAAAAAUGGGUACUGAAGUACCAAAGACCCAUGAUUCAAGUGGCGAGUCGGAUUCAAAUACGGAUUCAGAGAACAGCAGUUCCAGUGAAUCAUCAGGAAGUGAAUUUGAAUGCUCAGGUGCUAAGCAGACUUCGGCUUCUAAACCCCACUUCUCUGUUACAUCUUGUGACACAGGCCUGAGGCUCAAAAUAGCUGCUAUUCCUGCUCGGAAGGUCUCACCUAGAAGAAGCGCCAAGCCUUCUGUCAAGACGAAACCUUCCGAGGCUAUGGACACUCAAAAAUCUAAAGUGAAGAAGAAAUCACCAAAACUGUCCGACAGCAAUUCAAGUUCGGAGUCUUGCAGCAAAUGUUCAUCUGAUUCCUCGAGUGAUGAUGAUUUGCCUCUAAAAGUUGUGUCAAAAACAUUGCCUAAAUGCGGACAGAAAGAAAGGACCACCAAGUCUGUCAAGAGUGAUAGUGAUGAUGACAUGAAACUGAGUGAGGCGAUUAAGGACAUCAAGGCUUCUAAGGAGAAGCCAAGUGUGGCAAAGACCAGUAAUGCUGUGAAAAAGACUAAAAGUGAUGAACCAGUGGAGGAGGCAGCAGUGAAGAAGGGAAGGGGCCGGCCGCGCACUAAGUUCGUAGCACAAACGCCGGAGAGCGCGGUCAGCAGCAGCACGUCGUCGUCCUCCUCCUCUUCGUCCUCAUCGUCCUCGUCGUCUUCCGACUCGGACUCGGCCGAGGCCGCGGGCUCUGCGCACGCCUCCCCGGACGACUCCAGCGCUGCCCUCGUCGCUGCUUGCCAGCUGCAGGUUAUCGAUGAUGCGGACCUCGCGGAACUAUUUCCGGAACAAACAUCGAGCGCGGCGACGCAGCAGCCCAACUUCCCCGCGUUUGUCGGCGCCGCAGCAGCUGACAACGAUGACAAAUCCAUCGCCGACAAUGGAGACGGGUCGAGCAGCGAAAUGGAGCUCACGCCGCAGUUAGUGACGGCUGCGAUACAAAGGGCGACGGCGGAUUCGUCGGGCUCGGAAAACGAGUGCUCCAAUCCGGGCGUCUCGCACCCGAGCACCACUCAUUACGCGUCUAGUCUGUUGCAACAGUUUAAUGCGCAAACACAGCUACUUAGCAGUAGCACCGCGCCGCUCACGCCCAUCCCCACCGUCACGGCGCCGCUUGCCUGCGCGCUGCCCGCGAACUCCAUCGAAGGCGUCGGCACCGUCAGCGACUGCGUUCUAGGCCAAAUAAACACCUUGCCCGAUAUACCGCCUAUAGCAACUAACUUCUUAAACCCCACACAGCAUCUGAGCCCCCAACAAACGGAGGAGCUCUCGCAAAUCAAUCAAGAUCUCGAAGAGAUCACUUCAGUAUCGGAAUCGGUGGGGAUAUCGAUACCUAAUCCACCAAGUCUCGAAGACUGCGUGGAUAAUAAUGACUUUAUGAAUAUAGAUAUUACACAGGGUAGCUCAGAGCUCGGAACCGCAAGUGAUAUGUUGAAAUGCUCUUCUUUAUCUGUAGUUAGUUCUGAUCUAAAUCCAAUGAGUCAUAUUGAUCCUCAGAAAUUAGAUACAAUCAGCACAAAUUCUGUUGAAUCUCAAGAAGAUGUUAAGAAUGUUAUUGUAGAAUCUAGAAGAAAACGAGGGCGACCUCGGAAAGUCAGAGAACCUGCAAACGAUUUCAGGAGUAAAGCAGUAGAAUCUCACGGUGAAGGAAAAUCUGUACUAAUCGGUAUAAAUGAUUUUCAUAAUAAUGAUCCGCCUAACGUCUCCCCCGAUUCUGGUAUACUUUCCAAUCACAAUUCUCCUACACAUUCCCCGCUACGGCGCCACGACAUCGACGAGCCGCACGGCAGGCAGAGCAGAAAGUCUGUGCAGAAAGAAAAUAACACGAGGGAAAGAAGAAACAUGAGAUCUAAAUCUGCAAGUAGGAAUACUGCGCACUUGCGUUCCGACUCCAGUGAUAGUGAAUACCAGAAGAAGAGAAUAGAAAAUGAAAUUAAACAAAUCAAAACGGAAGCGCCCUCCCCAGUCCCGUUAAAGCAAGAACAAAAUAAGUUCGAGAAGGCUAAGAAAAAUGACCACAAAUUAGACAUAGCCGCACUUGAUCGAAUGCUCUACGCGACUGACCGAGUGCUGUAUCCUCCAAGAAAGAAGGUCGGGAGGAAACCUGUAAACAAAACUAAAAUUACAAAGAGUCCCAAGGCGGCGAAAGAUAAAAACCACUACGACUCUGCCGAUAGUGAGGAGGAGUCGGCACCGGCCAACAGGUCCGUUUUAUCCGGGGUUUAUGCUAAACGUAAAGAAGUUAACAGCAAGCUGGCAAACCUUCCCAAGAAGAAUACUAAGUCUUUCACCAACACGUGGAGAGAUAAUCAGAGUGAAAACGAAGCCGCCGCCGACGACCCUUUGGACCCGACGUGGAAAGAAAUUGAUCUAAACCCCAAGUACAAAGAUAUUUUGUCUGGUUACAAAAGCGAUCACGAGUUCAAACCGUACAAGAGCUGCAGCAGGCUGAUGGAGUCCGGUUACAAAAGUGACUACGGGUGUAGAUCGGGUUACAAGAGCGACUACUAUCGUUCCGGGUACAAAAGUGACCACAAAUCUGGUUACAAGAGUGACAAGUCCGGUUACAAAACGGAUUACAGUGUCAGGAGCAUGAGGCGGCGCAUGAGGAAACUCAAGAAAACGAGAUCAGUGAGGGACAGGUCUUAUUAUAAAAAUCAAAAGCAUUUCGUCUCCGAUCAAGAGAUUCUAUCAUUAGCUAACAAAACAUUUAGCAGUCUCACUCUUGGCCACAGUUCAAGUGACUCAGAUUGUGAAAGUUACUUGAGAAAACCUAACGCUAGUCCUAAAUAUGUCAGUGUUUGUACUAAAUACCCAGUGCAAUCGAAGUAUAGCUUUGGUUUCACGAAAAUGAACCGUAAACAUGUACUUCGAUUGAAUUCCUCGGACCCGUUUGCGCCGGGCCCGGUGUUCAGUGGCCUGCAGAGGCCGGUCACUACAUAUAACAUAUUUAAAGUUAGCCACAAUAACAACAAUACCCUACUCAAAUCUCCAUCAAAAUCAAACCAUUCUGGACGAAAUUUGCCUGGACUGAAACCGACAUUUACGCAUAAAUUUGGAGCGCUGCCAAUCUGUACCGUUUCGAAAUCGCACGGAUCUAAAAGCAAUUCUAAAACGUCUCCGAAAAAGUUGAAAAAUUCAAAUACACAGUUCUCACAAAGCGCGAAAAAAGAAAGCCAUGCCAAGCAAAUUCCUAAUGUUUUCGAAGGCGCCAAAAAUAGCUACAUUCCGAAUAAAUCACUCACCAGAAAUGUUUUUCUAAACGUCAAGAAAACGCAGAUGAAACCGUUGCUGCAUGUUCGAAAACACAGAAGGACUGUAGUUCUAGCGCCGCCCAAAAUCAAUUUAAAACCUUCCGAAAGGCCUUCUAGAAUUACCAUCAAAACCGAGAACAAACAUCAUAGGCAUCGAAGUCGAAGAAGACACAGAUCGAGAUCGGUGUCACGAUGUCGAGAGUCAUAUACGAAAUCUAUAGACACGAUAGAUCAAAAGUUCACUCAGGACAUGGACAGCUUAAUAGGGAACUUUAUCAAGUUGUGUCAAAUUGCACCUAAAUUAAUAACAGGCAUUGGUACGCCUCCAGUAAAAAGUGUCGACAAGCCUCCGCCUGAACCAGCAGCCGCCCCAAAAGUAGUCAAAAGGGGUUCCAAAAAAAGAAAGACAUCUGACAACCAGGAAACAGUCACACCCACUACGAAACGAAGGCACAAAAAACAAUUAACAGAAUCUCAAAGCAAGGGCGGCAAGGACACCAAUGAGCACAAAUUACCUCUUAAAAAGAGACAUUACCACAUCAAUUCAUCCACAAGCAACUCCUUAAGUUUGAGUUUAGUUACAGCUGAGUUUGACGAAAACUUGAAAAGUGGAACUAAUCCUGAACAAUUUCUGUGUACAGAGACAGACUGCAUGGGCGAAUUACGCAGUAACAGUCAGCAAGAAUCUCCAAAACCAAAAGUUUCACACGAGAAGGUAAAAAAGGGUUCUGAUAAUGUCAAAGGUGCUCCCACUUCAGCAGUGAGUCAAGACCCCAAACUACAAAACUCUGAUAUUACAAUUAAGGUGUCAAAAACUACUUUCAGCUCCGUGACUGAUAACCUGGUCGUGAAAGUCGACGAAAGUAGUCCGUGCCUAAGUAAAAAUCAUUCUCCAAAUUCCUUGAACGCCACUGACGAUGAACUCUCUAUAAAGAAACCAAGUGCAGAACAAUCAGAACUAUCGAAAAGAAUUUUCGAAACAUCUGAUAAGCUCAAAGCUGUGCACAAAAUAGUUCACGAUUUAGAAAAAUCAUUGCCUAAAACCAAGGAAUCUGAUAUCAAAACAGAAACAUUGAAAAUGGACACACACAGAGUUUCUUCUCCUAGAUCGGAAAGAAAAGCUUCUCCAAUUCGCCACACGGCACCUAUUGUAACACCAAAAAAGCGACACAGACUAGAGGCCGACAAAAUUAUAUCUAACUCUAGUUUGGACCAAGUUGUACAAUCUUUAUCUAAAAAGUUAGCAGAAGACAAAACUGCCGGCGCGAAUAUUUGUAAAGACGUCAAUCAAAACAACUCCAAGGAAGAGAUAAAAGAAGACCAAAAAUCUGAAUCCGUAUCACCUCAUAAUGAAACAUCCGCGAACAAUUCCUCUUCCGAUCCAUUAAAGAGCAUGUCAGCUCGAUCGUUAUAUAAAAGUUCAAUACUGCCUGCCCAGAAAUCAGAAAUAAUGACUCGUAAGAAAAAUAGGUUAGAAGGCCUGACAAGUAAUUUAGUUUCAAAGAUAAAUCCAAGUGCAGCGACCAAGGUGUUGGACACACUUCUGAACAACAAUAUACGGAAAUCAAUAGAAUCCCGUAUCCUUGAAAAAGAAAAGGUAAACUCAGAUCCAGUUAAGUCAUCAGACAACAAAGGCAGAGUGAAGGAAGUUGCUCAAGUCAGCACUAGAGCAACUGUUAUUAAAUCCCCGGUGUCUAAAGGGAAGGUAAUGGACACAAAAAAGACAAAAGUAUCUGAUCUGGCUAUCGAACAGUCUUCAGUUGUCAACAUCGACAAACCAACGGGCAUUUUCGAGUCGUCAGUCGAUUUGGAAGAUCAAAUACCUAAGUCGUCUAUCUGCGUCUCAAAUGCAUUAGGAGAUGCGAAGUCUAAAUUGAAAUCUAAAAGUUCAGACAGCAAAGGUAUAGCGUGUCUCCUUACGCCGAUAGAUACCGAGUCGGAAAUCCCAUUACCUUUAAUUUCCGAGACGCCGGAACCGAUUAUAAGGCCGAAGCGAGGGGAGUCCAUAGCGUCUGUAUUAUCAGAUAAAAUCCAGGAGACAAGUAGCCACAACUUACGUCAACCCAAAAGAAAUCUUAAUAAUGAGAAUGAUGACGGGCGUGACAAGAAGAAAAAGAAAACCAUUAACAACAUUAUAAAGGAAAGCAAACUCUCCAUGUUAUCAACUAAACUGCUGGUCCCUAAGAUUCAAGCAGAGAAGCUGUCUAUGGCCGAGUGUAUGAAGAAAAUGAACUUACCAGAAAAGAAAUCUGAGGUCACUGAUUCCAGCGACAGCAAAACAGGGGACACUACGAAGAAAAAGACAAGGAGGCGGAAAGCUAUUAACAGAACUGGUUUUCCAAGCGUCAAGAGGAAAAAGAAGAAAUUGGAUCCUAAUAGUAGUCACAACGCGACUACGUCUGACAGCCAUCUGACAUCCGAGGACACUGAUAACAACUCCGCGUUUGACAGAGUGCCUAAAGACGGAGAAGCGAUGAACAGUUUCUUGGAACGCACUAGUAACAAACCGGAACUCAAGGUUGUACUAAAUAAAGACGAAUGUCCGAGGCAGCAGGCUCGCCUCACAGUCGUGGCUCUUGAAAAAUUGCAAGGAAAGGUAGUCAAUGAAAACAACAACAAAACUGCUGGCAGUACAUUGACCCCCAACACAGCUAAAAAGAGCAGUGGUUCAUCCAUCUUGAGAGCUCCGGCUCUACAACUGAAACAAUCUAAGACUGAUAAGGAAAUCAAAAAUCACGUGAAUAAAUGGGAGGUAAUGAGUGAGACAGACAGCAUACCGUCGCUGACUAGCUCUCUCGGUAACGACCCUGAAGACAGCAUACCGCUCAGUUUGCUAAACCUGAAAGCCGAUAGGCCGGCAAGUCAGAUGGAAGGCUUGAAGCGCAAGACCCGAGCGAUGUCUCCCUCUCAAGAAAUCGACGAAAUUCUUACCAAGAGGAAAAACGUCGAGAAAAACAGCAAAGUAAGUUUGCGACCAAAAUCGAGUUUGGCCGUUUUGUACCCUUGCGAAAGGAGAUUAACUAGAAGUUCGGACAACACCAAUGAAGAAGGAAAGAGCAAAGCCAAAACCGAUCAGAAGGUGGAAACCCCGAAAGAAACACCGGCUAAAUCGGUGAAACCCUCUAUCACAACAAGGCGAAAGUCUCGCUCGUGUCAAAUGAACAAGAAAACCGCCGAAGUCCACUCAAGUUCACGAGAAAGUUCACUAGAUACGGUCACAAGUCGCAAGCCGUGUUCUAAAUCUCGCGAGCCGUCGGUGGAUACCCUGCGAGACCACGACGAGAACGACCCGCUGCCGCUGCACGAGAAAGAGAUAGACUUCGAGAAGAGCAUCGAUGUGCUGUCGAAGAGCAUCAUCAGCAAGAAGCGGGUGGCGUCAUCGCGUGACGACAGCCCGGCCGGCAGCGACCGCGAGAAGCCCGUGUCCAAGCGGAACCCGAGGCUGAGGAAGAAGUUCCUCGUCGCCGGCUUGUUCUCCGACUACUAUAAGGAAGAUAACAAACCAUCGGGUAAAACCAAAGCUGCACCGACAGCCGGGGCAGUAAUUCCCUCCGGGCUGCUCGCCCCGCCACCGUAUUGCGAGCGCUGGGUGCGGCGCCGCGCGCAGCCCUACGCGUUACCAUACGACAUCUGGUGGCAGCACCACUACAACCAACCAGUGCCUUCGUGGAACUAUAAGAAGAUACGCACAAACGUAUACUACGACGUGAAACCAUCAGCGGAGGAAUGCGAGAGCGUGGCGUGCCACUGCGCGCCGACCUCGAGCUGCAACGAGGACUGCAUCAAUCGGCUCGUGUACGCCGAGUGUUCCCCGCAGCUGUGUCCGUGCGGGGACUUGUGCAAGAACCAGCGAAUCCAGCGGCACGAGUGGGCCGGCGCCUUAGAGCGUUUCAUGACGGAGAACAAGGGCUGGGGCGUGCGGUGCAAACAGCCCAUCACCUCCGGGGACUUCAUACUCGAGUACGUCGGCGAGGUGGUGUCCGACAAGGAGUUCAAGGAGCGCAUGGCCACCCGAUACGCCCGCGACACGCACCACUACUGCCUGCACCUAGACGGCGGGCUGGUCAUCGACGGGCACCGAAUGGGCGGCGACGGCCGCUUCGUCAACCACUCGUGCCGGCCCAACUGCGAGAUGCAGAAGUGGACUGCCAACGGCACAUUCAGAAUGGCGCUGUUCGCCCUGCGGGACAUAGAGCCGGGAGAGGAGCUCACGUACGACUACAACUUCUCGCUAUUCAACCCGGCGGUGGGACAGCCAUGCAAAUGCGACUCCGAAGACUGUCGCGGCGUAAUAGGCGGGAAAUCUCAACGUAUCACCAAACUCCCCGUGAAAACGCAAGCGCGGACCGCGUCCAACGAAUCCCAGGGCUCCACCAGCCAGCCGCGCGUCGGUCGCCCUCGCAAAGCCGUGAAGUGCAACAAGAAGUCCGAGCAGGCGAGCUUGACGGCUUGUGAGAUCAAGAAUAUGACCAUCCUGAAGUAUCAGCAGCAUUUGAAUAAGCUGUGGCAGGAGCCGCAGGUCAAGCCGCUCACGGCCAAGGAGAGGAAUCUGGUCAAGGAGAGACACUGCUUCUUGUUUAGGAAUCUUGAAAGCGUUCGCCGCACUCGCGACCGCCUGUCGCUGCCGCCCGCCUCGCCGCCGCCCGCCGCCGCCGCCGCCGCCGCUCCACCUCCCGCGUCGCUCGUCAACCCGCUGCAGCUCCCGGACACCAUGAGCCCGGACCUGUUCGCGCGCCGCCUGCACAAGCUGCGCAAGCCCAUAGACCAGCUGGCCAAGCUCGUCCGCCCGGAGGACGACCCCAGCAACACCAAGAAGGACCGGCUCGCGGCGGUGUUCAAGGCGCUCUACGACUAUGUUGUCGGAGUCACGGAUGACAAAGACAAGCCGCUCUGCACACCGCUGCUGAAAGCCAAAUGCAGCCAGAGCGACGACCCCCUGUGCGACCUGCCCGGCAUCGAAGCCAACGUGGCGGCGCGCCGGUACGACAGCGCGGCGCAGUUCGACGCCGACGUGAACGCCGUCUUCUCCAACGUCACCCGCGAGCACGGCCGCAUGUCCGCGCUCGGCUCCAUCGCGGUCACCUUGAAGAAGGAAUAUAACCUCGCUAAAGCGGAAUUCGUCGAGCUGCUUAACAAGAUCCUCGGGCCUGACGAUCCUUUGCCGGCUGGUUUUGUACAGAAGGCCAAGCAAGAGGAGGUGAUAAUGUGCAUAUGCGGGCUGCACGUGGAGGAGGGGCUGAUGGUGCAGUGCGGCGCGUGCGGCGUGUGGCAGCACGCGCGCUGCAUGCGCGUCAAGGACACGCGCGCCGCGCACUACUGCCAGCUCUGCCACAAGGGGAAACACCAGGUGGACCGCGAGAUUCCUCUAGAAGAAUGGACGGAGGAGGGCCACCAGUUCUACGUGUCCCUGAUGCGCGGCGCGCUGCAGGUCCGCCAGGGCGACACCGUCUACGUGCUGCGAGACAUUCCCAUCGACGCCGCCAGGCCUGAUCUCAGCCAGGCCCAAGGGAAAGAUGAAGCUAAGACGAAACGGCCGGAUCGGAAGCUCAACGCCAAGGAUGAGUCCCACACUAAGCAAACGUCGGUCCGCAAGCACACGUACCAAACAAUCGGGUCUAUCCCGGUGUCCGAGCUGGACAUAUUCCGCGUGGAGCGUCUGUGGAAGCACAAGGACACGCAGGAGCGGUUCGUGUACGGACACCACUACCUGCGCCCGCACGAGACCUUCCACGAGCCCACGCGCAAGUUCUUCCACAAUGAGGUGAUGCGAGUGCCGCUGUACGAGGCGGUGCCCAUCGAGCUGGUCAUGUCGCAGUGUUGGGUCAUGGACCUUAACACUUAUUGCAAGGGGCGGCCGCUGGGCGCGCACGAGGAGCACGUGUACAUCUGCGAGCUGCGCGUGGACCGCGGCGCGCGGCUCUUCACCAAGAUCUCGCGGCCCAAGUACCCCAUCUGCACCAAGCCCUACGCCUUCGACCACUUCCCCGCCCGCCUCAAGAUAACCCGCACCUACGCCCCUCACGAAGUGUCGCCCGAGUACCUGAAAGGGCGCGCGGCCAAGAACGCGGCGCCGGCCGACAAGAGCAAGCCGGCCGCCAAGGACGCCGGCAAGAAGAAGCUGCCUGCCAUCGCCUACCCCGACACCAGCAAGAACUGUUCGGGCGGCGCGCGGCGGGAGCGGCAGGGCGGGCGCGUGAACGGCAUCGCGCGGCGGCUGCUGGCGCGCGGCGGCGGCGCGCGCGCGCUCGACGCCUCCUACCUGCUGCGCCGCGCCGCCCCCCCCGCCGCCUCCCCCGCCCCGCCCCGAGCGCGCGCGCCCUGACCGCGCCGCUGCCCGUGCUGCCUCUCCCCCGCACCCGCCUCACGUCCGUCCGGGACCACCCGGACCACCACUGAGCAGAUGAAGAAAAUACUGUGAUCCAUUUGUGCCGAAAAAAAGCGUCGUUUCUAAAAUUGAUCUGAUAAGAACGACAAUGGUAAACGGGGGAGACGCAAAAAACUUGUGCGACUAAAAAUGAAAAUUGUGCGAAAACUGAAUUUAUGUGAUCUUUAUAUUCGAACCGAGGGUGCUCGGCGUCCGAUAAAAAACGUACCAUUUUAUAGGAGUGGUUGAACUCUAAAGAAAAGUCUAUUGAGUCGACCGAAGUGAACACGUUUGUAUGUUGAGUAUAGUGAACGUGUAAAAUGUAACGAAACUAAAAUAAAUCAAUAUAAGUACGUAUAUCACUAUAAAUAAAUGUAGUAGUUAAAGUCGUACACAUAAAAUUAUCCACAUCAUACGACGAUUAAAAUACAUAGUAAAUAAACGAGGUUGAGGAAAUAUUUUCUAUACAUUACAUACUAGACACAUAAAUACGCGUCUAUUCUCACCUCGCAUUUCAUUUCCGAUACAGAUAUGUGGCUUACCGUCUAUCUAUAUACUUAAAACUAAAGUAACUCGAUCAUGCCUGUAUUGUAUGUAUACAUCUUAAAUGUAUAUAAAAAUGUAAAAAACUAAACGACGCUUAAAAAGUGCACAUUAUAUAGCAGCUGUUAGAUAGUAAAUCUCUUGUUGUUAAUAGUUAAGUAGAUCUUGCAUAAUACGUACUCGCAAGUACAUAACUCUUCCGAUAGAUAGCGUUUACCUAGUGUACGAAUAUUUUAUCAUAUUAUCGACAUGAAUCCCAUCUUUGAUAGUGUUUAUACAUUUGUUUUCGUUUAAUGUAAGUAAUCAAUGAAAAAGUAUAAAGUGACAUUGGCAGUUUGCGUGGCGGCUGAUGUCGGUUAAGUCCGUGGUUCGUAACAUUCCGCUCUAGUUUACGAUUGGAGACAAUAAGUUGCCGAAAGGAUGGACGGAGAAUCUCUGAUAUGUUUUGUAUGUAGUGUGGGUACUUCUAACGGUGUUGUAUUCGACGGUAUAAAGUAUUUUUGUAUAAAAUAAUUAUUCGCUAGAUAGCAUAAGGUAUGUUUGAGUGACAUGAAUACCGUGUGUCUGAUAAUGAUAACGUAAGGUUCUUCUCUCGUCUAUUUGCUUUGGUUAUUAAUUUAUUUACAUCACGAGUAGGGUUUUGAUAAGAUGUUGUCGUAUUUACGUAUGUAAUCUCGAGUAUAUUUUUAGCGAGGUAAGAUGUUUCGUGCUUAUUUCGUGUACCGGCAUGCCUAUAGACUGCAUUACUGUUGAUUCAGAUGCGGCAAAAUCUUUGUUUUAAAUCAGAUAUAAUAUAAGUAAUAGUUAUAUUUUUACAUUAGUAAAUAUUGUUAUAGUUGUAAGGGUAGUCGUGUAGGCUAAUGAAAUACUAGUUAACGACCAGUGGUGCGAACUGAUGUUGAAUGUUGCAGAGUUUAGAGAGGUUACGAGAGGACGUUGUUUGGCAGGUUGUUAAUUUAGUGUUAGCUUUCAUCAGGUUAUUCUUUUUAAUCAUCUUCCGUUUACUUCAAUCGAUGAUUUUAAAGGAUAUAGUAGUCUGGUCAUUUUUAUUGUGUUUCGAGUACUUUUAGUAGUAGAUCACGAUUCUCUCUAUUUUUCUAUUAUACUUUUGAUAAGUUGUACAUAUGUUAGCGGUUAAGGAGAUUGAUUGUUUUGUGUUAAAUGCGGAAAAAUAAUAUAUUGCUUGAUCUUGAGUUAGUGUGUAAGAUUCUCUGCUUGUUACGGUCGCUGCAUGCCUUGCUGUUGUGAUCACAGAGAGCAAAAUUGUUUUUGUUUCUAAUUUAUUUGUAAAGUACUGUUAGCUUUUUACACCGGCUUACCUUAUUAUUUAUCUUCCUUUCGACUAUUUACAAGCUAAUUUUAUACUGCUUUUGCGUGUUUCAUGGAGAAAGAUGUAACGUUAUCAAUAGUAUUAGAUGAUUGAUCCCAAAAUGUAAAUCAUUCGCUGUAGGCAUACACAAUGACCCGUAAGGACACAACUGACUGGUGAUCACUCGAUUUAUCAUUUACUAUUGUAGUAUUGAUUAUUCUUAAGUAAACUACAAAUGAUAGAGUGCACUUAGACAAUUAAUAGAAUUAUUGCUGUUGACAUCUGUAAAUAUAUUGACAUUAUGAAUCAUAAAUAUCAAAAUAUUUUACGAUCACUGAUUUUUUCCGAUUGCACAUGUACUUAGAAUUUUGCCUUGUAGAUAAAUAAUAAUAGUUCAAGUUAUUAAUUAACCCAUAUCUUUACCAUAUUCCACUUGCAUUCUGAUGUACUUAAUUAGUUUAAAUAGUUUAUUAGAGUUAAUAGCUUUGUGGACGGACAUUAUUUACGAUUGUCUAAACUUUUGGGAUCAAAAUAAUCUAUCCAGUUUUGGCAACCUAAAUUGAUUAGAUCUAUGUUUUCCGAUGAUUUUAUGAUAUAUCGAGCAGCUUUACUAUUUAUAUCAUUUGUUUUAAAAUGCCAUUUGUUGUAACUCAUGUUUUAAUAUUAAAUUAAAAUCUGGAUCAAA